AUGGAACCUACAAGAAUUCUGUUGUUUGUGUUUUUGAUACACUCCUUACGUAAAUUGACAGUGCUUUCAUACAAUAUCCUGGUACUUCCAAGACCGGUAUACAGUCACGUGAGAUCAGUGAAAGUCAUGAUGGAUAUCCUUAUCAACGAAUACCAACACAAUAUAACGUUGUUACUCACAGACAGUGUCGCCAAACACCCAUCUCUGAAGGAUAUACGGGCAGAAAUUGUUACAUACGAUAAAGAUGGGAAAUUCACAAAAAAUCUCGAUGAACUGAGUUCUAAAGCUUAUGAAAAUGGCUUCAAUAGUAUGGGACCCUUAUCCAUGGUUCCUUAUAUUCAAAGUAUGGCGGUAGGAUUCACCCACUCAAUAAUGACGGAUUCUGAAAUUUACAACAAACUAGAAGGACACUAUUCCGGCAUUCCGGAAUUUCCUGUAUUUCCACUUUUAGACACUACUUCAUUCUUUUCAAGAUUGAAAAAUGUUGGUGUCCGCAUGGGACUGAGCCUUGUUGGGUGUUUUUCUGAGUAUGUGAUAUAUCCAAAGGAUAUCGUUCAUAGGUAUGUUUCAACAACCAAUUUGGACAAGUUUUACAAAUUGGCAAAUGGAUUUAGUUUGUACUUAUUGGACCAAGAUGGAAUUCUGGAUUAUCCACGUCCUGUACUUUCAAAUAUUGUCCCUGUAGGAGGCUUAGCACUGUCGGAUAUCGUACAUCCUCUUCCAAUGGAAAUUCAACGACAUGUAGAUACCGCUCAUGACGGCUUUGUUGUUGCUACAUUUGGGAGUACUCUUAAGACUACACUGGAAGAAUUCAGAAAGAAGUUGUAUCAAGCUUUUAAGAAUAUUCCGAAAAUUCACUUCGUUUUAAAAAUAGGCGAAACAUAUUUUCAGGACAAAAAUAUUUUACAGACUCCUUGGGUGCCUCAAAAUGAUCUCCUUGGAAACAAAAGAGUUAAGGCAUUUAUCACUCAUUGUGGAAACAGUGGUCAAUAUGAAGCUUUAUAUCAUGGAGUACCUAUGGUUGCGAUUCCAAUAUUUGGAGAUCAAGUUUACAAUGCAGAUAGGAUUGUAAUGAAGUCCUUUGGUGUGAAGCUGGAUCUUGUUGCGUUUACUUCCGGUGACUUGGAAAAAAGUAUCAGGGAAGUAGUGUACAACGAUACGUAUUCCAGAAAAAUAAAAUUAGCCUCCGAGAUGUACAGAUCAAAACCACAGAACGCUUCACAACGAGCUGCAUAUUGGGUACACCACGUGACCACCUACGGAAGUGUACAUCUGCGGUCUCCAUCCCACUCUUUGCCUGCUUAUAAAUAUCUGGCACUGGACGUAGUUCUUUUUGUAUUUCUUUGUUUUUUGUUGCUAUUAGGUGCAGUUGUGACUGGCGUUUGUGUACUCUGCAGAUUCUGUUGCAGUAUUCAAAAGAAAUUUUGA